AUGGCGACGAACAUCACCUUCCACCCUGGCAACGUGACGCACGCGGAGCGCUGCUCGUUCCUGCGCGCGCAGACCGGCGCGACGCUCUGGCUCACCGGGCUCUCCGCGUCGGGCAAGUCGACGAUCGCCACGGCGCUCGAGCAAUAUCUCCUCCACCGCGGGCUGCAUGCCUACCGCCUCGAUGGCGACAACAUCCGCUUUGGCCUCAACAAAGACCUAGGCUUCAGCCAGAAGGACCGCGAGGAGAAUAUUCGAAGGAUCGGAGAGGUUUCCCUACUGUUCGCUGACUCCGCCUCGCUGUGCGUGACUUCCUUCAUCUCGCCUUAUGCUGCGGACCGGGAGCUGGCGCGGAAGCUGCACACGUCGCACAAGCCGGCGCUCCCGUUCAUCGAGAUCUUCGUCGACGCCUCGCUGGCCGAGUGCGAGCGGCGCGAUCCCAAGGGCUUGUACGCCAAAGUUCGCAAGGGAGAGAUCAAGAGCUUCACGGGCAUCAGCGAAGAUGCGCCGUAUGAGCGGCCGCAGAAACCUGAGAUCCACAUCGAUGCGGACAAGACGAGUGUCGAGGACGCCGUCAAGGUCAUCGCCCACUACCUGAUCGAGAAGGGCAUCAUCAAGGCGUAG